GCGUUCAAGUAGAGGCCAGCACAGUCGCCUCCCCGCUCGAAGCAUGUAAACAAAACACUUGGCCGCCACAACGCUGCCCUCGCCCUUCUCUCGCUUCUGGUGCUGUGUGUGAGGCGAGGAGAGCUGCGAAGUCCCUGGUGUGGAGCUGCAUUGGUUUCUCACAGAUGUCAUGAGUGGAAGAGGGGAAAACUGGCUAAGGUCAAUAGAAAAAUAAAAAAAACGAGAAACGAAAAGUCCGCUUAGAAUGCCAGGUCCCGUGCAGAUUUGAGUGAUGCGAGCCUUCAUCAGGAGUGGCGUCAUGUGAUCAGAUAUCCAGCAUGCUUCAGCUAUUUCAAGUGGAGUGCGUUGUGAAGUAUGAGUACAGAGUGCCAGUGCCAGUGUCUGUGUCAGGUGAAGGGCCAUUCUCGCCGCGGCAGGAUGGAAGUCUUUUGUGUGUGAUGUCAAGUUGGUGUUGUGUCAUGUGACUUUUUGUAAAGGUGCAGGCGUGGUUCAUUGGCGCCAAGCCUGGCCUGGGAGUGGCACAUGUCAAGCACAGGCAGUGUGUCAGCUUUCAAUGGCUGGACUAAGCACACCAGCGGCACCACACACACACCUGCUGAAGAAAGCACCUCUGAUUGAUGCAUAGAAACUAACUACACACCAUUUCUGUACUGGACUGGCCGGCUGCUGUGUUGUGGUGGCGUGGCAGGCAGCGUGGCACCCGACACACCCCAGGUUGUCCCGGACUGACGCUACAAGAUUCCUGUAGCAUUUGAGACGAACACUUCCAAGAUAAGCAACACCAGCAAGGGAGUGAAACGCGGUGGUGAGUGUUGCGUCUGGCAGCGUAGUGGUUGGUGGUGGUGGCGGCUCCUCCUCCUCUCCUGCCUCCAGUCCCCAGCCCCCCCAUCCCUCGCAGCCUCCGUGUUCUGCGUCGUGGUUGGAUGUUCCGCGAGAAGUGACCAACCCCCGGCAUCACUGUGGCGGGAAUUUGUGAUCUCACUCUCAGUCUGUUUGGUGCCCGCGUGGAGGGAGUACGUACGUGUCUCCUGUGCUCCUGAGGGUGACUGACGCUGUGCUGAGGACCUGACACUCUCUAACGCCCUCUCCUUCAGGCUGGGACUAGUGCACCGCCUUCUGCUGGGCCUGACGACGCUGAUCUCAAGGCUUCUUCUCACUGGAAAGGGUGACGUGGACUAGUGCUCGAGUGUUAGUGACAGUGGCACACCCGCGGCACUACGCAUCGGGUGCCCAGCGGCGUGACCUGACGGGUGUGUGAAGAAGGCGCUGCAGUAGACUGUAGUGAACAUGCGCUGUGUGUGAAGUGCACGCAACUGUGACUUCUGACGUGACUCUCAACUCCGGCCAUGGCACCUUCAGGAAUUCGUUUAAAGAUCCUGCUCGGUCUUCUGCUUGUCAACCUUCUGCGUGUGGUCUUGUCGUCGCCUCCGUCAGCGUCCAAGGUGGUGCUGCGGGACAACGGCUACGAGGGCGUGGUGGUGGCGCUGGACGAGGCACUCCCGGCGGCGGCGUGUCAGGAGGUGUUGUCUGGGCUGGAGGAGGUGGUUCGCGUCGCCUCUACUGUUGUGUUCGACGCCUCGAGGGGCCGCGCACACUUCCGCCAGGUGAAGGUCCUCGUGCCGCCCUCCUGGACCACCGCAGCCUGCCCCGCCCUGGACCACCUGCAGGGCGCCACGCAAGAAACCUGGGACACUGCUGACCUCCGCGUGACCCUUGGAAGGCAUCCUCGUCACGGCAUCCGCCCCUGGACUCUACACACGAGGGACUGCGGUCACACUGGGGACUAUGUCUCUCUCGGCCAUGAACUACUGCUGCAGAACACUUCCCACGUGCCCGACAAUGGUCGACUUCUGGCGCAGGCGUGGCUGCAGUACCGCUACGGGGUGUUUGAGGAGGAAGGCGUGGCAGGCAACCCUGUGCAUCCGCCUCACCACAGGGCCCCAGACGGCACCUGGAAGCCCACGACCUGCGCUAACCUGCCGCUGCCGCCCACCUCCAGCUGCGACCCUGCCAAUCUCACCUGCUCCUUCAACCUCACGCCAGAGAAUGACCCAGGCCUCACCUCCUCCUUCAUGGCUUUCCCAGGCCGCCCAUCGGUGCGCGACUUGUGUGACGAGGGAACUCACGACCGCUGGGCCCCGACGCGACACAAUCUCAUCUGUGGCGGCAAAUCAGUGUGGGAGGUGAUGCGCGCCAGCCCAGACUUCCAAAACAACAGGAACGUGGAGGCAGGACUGAGAGAGGGACACGUUACUUUCACGUAUGUGCGUCCCCGCACCCCCAGGAUUGUGCUGCUUGUGGAAGACACCAAUGUCAUGAAUGUGCAGAAGCGUUGGGACUUCAUGCGCAAGGCAGUGCGGAAGCUGGUGACCUAUGACAUCCCUGAGGGCCACAGUGUGGGGCUGGUGGUGUUUGACUCCGUGGCAGCCACCAAGCACCCUCUCACCACACUCUCCGAGGCCAACCGGGAGAAGGUGGGCUCUUCGCUGCCCCGCAACCCUUCCCAGGAAGGCGAACAUAAGCGCUGUGUGCUGUGUGGCCUGAGAGAGGCUCUGACGCUGCUGGGCCAGGACGGGCCGGGUGGCCACGUGGUGUUGGUGGCCGGUGGCAGUGGUGCCCUCGACGACUCUGAGGCAGCUGCAGCAGAAAGGCAGCUGGCGGCGGCACAGGUCACUCUGCACACCAUUGUGUAUCCACUCACUGAAAAGUAUCCUCGUCCCAAUGGCGGCCUGACAAAUCUAGCCACGCGCACUGGUGGCCACUCCUAUAUCGUGCCUGACGAAGGAAUUGGAGAAGACUCCAAGCUGAGCAUGUACUACAACCUCCUGGAUGCACUGUACCACGCCCUGGGCGGCGUGGCGGGACACGGCGCGCUGCCCGUCAAGGUGCACGCCACGGAGCACCCCGGCGGCCGGGUGCCAGUGUCUGAGGGAAGCUUCCUGGUGGACGCUGCUCUGGGUGCCGACACCGUCUUCACCAUAUUCUACUACGACGUCACUCAUGUAGGGAACCUCAUCCACCUGGUGAGUCCCCAGGGCCAGGUGAUCGACACGGCCAACAUGCAGACGGAGGACGCCAACAUGAACAUGAUUACGGUGCGCCUGGUGGAGGCCCAGGUGGUGCCGGGACUGUGGCGCUACAAGGUUGCCAACCGAGCAGACUCCCACCAGGCCCUGUACGUGCAGGUCACCUCUCGGCCCCGACCUCGCCCACACGUCCCCAAGAUCAGCGUGCGGGGAUGGACCAGCCAUGGCGCCGCCAUCGUCAAUGCCAGCGACAUCUCCAGUCCCCUGGCACUAUAUGCCGAAGUGACGGCGGGGGUGAGGGGGGUGGAGGGAGCCAAUGUCACCGCCACUAUCACUCGUCUGGGCUACGCCGCCAACGGCACACAGCACCCGCCCCGCCACCUCCAUCUCCUGGACAACGGCCUCACAGCACCGGACAUGCGUCGUGAUGAUGGCGUAUAUUCCCGCGUGGUGCCGGGCCUUGCUGCCGGCACCUACAGCAUCCUGGUGGAGGUCAAUGGGGAGAUUGAGGGAACAAAGUUUGCCCGACAUGUGCGUGUGGGUUUGGUGGAUGUGGUGGGCAGCUCGCCGGCCCGGGACGUCCUGCCACCUGCCCGUGUGGUGGACCUGCGCGCCUCACUACUGCCGGACACUGUCAACCAGGUUGGCUUCAUCUGGACUGCUCCAGGUGGUGACUUGGAUUACGGCGUAGCCUCUCGCUAUGUUGUCAAGGUUGCCCACAACCAGCGGGAGCUGACUGAGGGAGGCGGUGUGCUGUUGGAGGACUGGCCGGCCCCUCUUGCUGCCCCCGCUGUGCAGCAACACACGGUGUCCUGGCAGGAGUAUGAGAGAGUGAGUUACCUCUCCCUCUAUGCUGUAGAUGAAGAUGGGAACACUGCCACUCUCAGCAACAUAGUGAGUGUGUAUGUACCAGCCCCUCCCACCACCACAGCUGUCCCAUCCCCCUCUGCUGUCCCAGCCAUGCCUGCCAACACCUCUGCUGUGAUGGAAGGCUCAGGCGGACCAGUCCUGUCUUCACUGGGGUCGCGGCAAUUAGCUGUGGUGUUUGGUUGUCUGGGAGGCUUUGUGGUGGUGGUGGCCCUUGUAGUCUGCUACUGCACUGCUGCCCACCGACGCCACCGUAAGGCCGCUGCUGCCAAGAAGGUGCACGAGGCCCAGGAUGCCUACAGUGUCACCGUCACUGUGGCAUCAAAGGCCACAGACUUCCCCGAUGGCAAGGAGGCCCUCAAGGACGGCCUCAAAAAGGAGUACAUCAGUCCUGUGGAGUCCUGGUCAGCCUCACAGCUGCUGGGGGGGCACAUGGGAGCCAAGCGUGCCAGUGUCUCAGCCCGCUCUGACAACACCUCAGACCACAGCGCCUCCACCAAGAAGAGCUAUGGUGGAUCUUCAGGGCCUGCCGAGUACUACGGUGACGCAAGCCAGUACCAGUAUCGGCAUCCUGGCUACCCUGACCACUACCCCGCCCCCAGCGAUGGCUAUCCCACUCCCACAGAAGGCUUCCCACCUCCAGUCGAGGGCUACCCUGCAGAGGCCUACGCUGUGCCACUGGAGGCUCGCUCCUACAUCAGCUCACAGCCCUCUGACUCCUUCCUCUCUGUGUCAUGUGACCUUCCCCCUUCCUCCAGUGGCCCUCCGGCCUAUGCUGCUUACCCAGCCUAUGACGCCUCCCUCAGAUCUGCCAAGGUGCCUCCCCCCAUUCCCCCCAAACCCAAAGUGCUGUACACACCCGAACCUUACGGCUACGACAACGCCUCCCUCGACCCUCACUCCUCCACACCCUCUGUAGCGUCAGAGAAACGCGUGCGCAAUGUGACGAUGGUGUAGAGGUGGGCCAGGGAGGAGCAGGGAGCAUUGCUGGCAUUACUAGCAUUAAGCAGAGUUAGUGGAGGCUAAAUACACUAAGGGACACGUUACCAGGUAGCUCGUGUGAUGGAAGAGGAGCUGCUGCUUGGCGAGGGGACUAACUUUUCCCACGGACGCUGGUGGUGCACCACAAUAUGUGAUAUUAGGGUAUGCGUGUGUGUGUGUCUGUGGUAGCAUCAGGCACCCACACGACACAACACACCACAAUGUGCCAAAUGGGGAAAGGAGGAUGUGAGGGGCAGACAGGACAGUACAGCACUGACAAUUUCCCUUUGUGAAAGCACCACUGGUCUUGGCAUCACUUCCCCCAGCAGAGCAGUGUUUCAUAUGUGUCAAGUAAACAGACUUGGUUGGCCAAGGCAGCUGUGGAUCAGUUGUUGAAAAGCAUCCCCUUUUUAUCUUGAGAUCAGAGUCAGGAAGAGAAAUGUAGAGAUGAACACUAUUUCUCUUGUUGUUUCUUGUCUUCAAGCUCCUCCAAGAUUCACAUCAGUGUCCUUCAUAACCCACCAGUCACCAGUGCCUUGGUCAGGCAAAGGGAGGGGUGCCACCAGCCAGGGUCAGGGAGACCAGUGUUAUCAGGGAGACCAGUGUUACGUUUUAGUGACACACCAGUGCUGGGGUCCUGUCUGCCACCAGGGCAUCACUACAGGUCUCCUUGCCCAGCCAGGAUGCAGCCAGCUAGUGUUGUGCAAUCCUGUACAUAUCUGUACAAAACACCAAUUAAGACAUUGUGUGAUACUUUUGUUAAUAAAAUUUAUGAAACUGA